CAAUUUCUUACAUCCCAAUUCAAAGAUAUCCCUCAUACAUUCAGUUCUCCGAGUUUCAGUAUUUCAGGCAGACAACCCUAGCCCUUUCUCAUCCCGAUCACCCUUUCUCAAACUGCCCCCGCUAUGUGUAACAACGCAUUGCCAGCAACACCCGUACAGGUUAUUGAGGGGCAAUACCUGGAUCAGCAGAAGCUGAUGGCUCUGCUAAAGAAUGUCUAUGGCACGUCUGAAGAAGGCAAGAACAACUUCCGGGUUGAGCUCAGGCUCAACCGGUACAAGAUAUACCCCUCAGAGCAUGUUCGUAACGCAACUCUCACGGAGGUCCAGAUACAGGACUGCCGAGCGUACAGAAGACGGUAAUAUAAAUGAGAUCACCAGGAAAAGCAUCCACGAUUCACCAAGGACUUGGUUAGAGAGGCGUACUGGGGGAGCAUGGCAUAUUUUUUUGUCUGGUCAGCGAGCAUUUGUUAACAGGUUGCAUUCUGGGUGGAGCGUUGGAGUCUGGUACAGCUGUUGGUGCUGGAAAAGAACCUGGCCCUCCUUUACGAGCGCUUAAAUGUUUCGAAUGCUUCACUUCGUUUGCAGUAACUUCAUUCUGAUCACUUGAGCUUCAGCGGAACCCCAAGGCUGUAGCCUCCUCUUACAUUCUGUGAUGAGGCUGUUCCCAUGAACCCUCAGUGCGAACCACCACAGUUCGGAUUGCAUGUUGAUUCUCCAGUUCUUAUCAUGGAUUCCAACAGAAUCAAAAUCCUGUCACCAGGUUUGGUUUUCAUUCGCCUUCAAUCAAUUUGGUGUAAUGUCUCAUUUGCA